CUUGGCCACGCCCCCAGUGGGCGUGCCUUCCCCGCCGGCCUCUACCCCGCACCACGUGGCUGAUCACAUGGCACACCCAACAUGGCGGCGCCCACUGCGGGCCCAGUGCGCAGGCUCCUGCAGGGCCUCAGUCGCUGGUUCUAUGACGCGGAGGCUGCGCUGGAUUGGGCCGAGCGCGUGCGGCGGGUGCGGCUGCACCGGAAGAACGCGACCCACAUGCACCUGAAGGACAUCUACGGACCCAACGUGGCCGCCGCUGCCUUCACCCUGUCCUUGGGGGGGUCGGUCAGAUAUGAGGGGCAGGAGCAGUGGCUGCGGCCCCAUGGGCCCUGGCAGGAGCGGGUCCUGCAGCUCCGCAGUGUUCCUGUGUGGGGCCUGGACCUCAGCGCAUGUCCUGUGACCUACAGCGGCCUCGGGAGCCUGGAGCCCCUCCCCCACCUCGCGCACCUUGACCUCAGCGCCUGCCCCCACGUGGACGACUGGACCGUGGCGCGCAUGCGCGCUCUGGCCCCCUCCCUGCGCUCGCUGUCGCUCUCGCGAUGCCCCCGCGUGACCGAGCGGGGCUUGGCCACGUUGCAUCACUUCCGGGAAUUGCGGCACCUGGAUGUGAGCGGCCUCAACGUGCCCAGCCCGGGGCUGGUGCGGAUCCUGCUGGAGGAGAUGCUCCCGGGAUGCCGCAUUGUGGGAAUGGAGCUGGACACCCCCCCCAAGGGGACGACAUAAACGGGUCCAGGACCCCCCUGUUGAA